AUGUUAGGCCGCGGCUCAGAAUUAUCAUAUGCACGGCCUCCGUUGGCACAUCGCACUUCAUCUUUUGGUACGUUCAAAAACUUUUUUUACAUAAACAUUUACCCUUCUGAAGCCGUUUAAAAUUCACUUUCCUAAUAGCCAAGCCAAGCGGCGCGCUAGAUAAUUUACGUUGCGAUAAUUCCCCUCGCUUCAACGCUUGAAUGGGAAUUUUUACAAGCCCAAAUCCCGGGAUGACCUUUCCUCUGCCCUCGGAUCUCCAAAGCAAACUCCGAAAAUUACAAAAAACGCGUUGUAAGGGCUUCGGAUAAUUUUUGGUCUCCUACUUUUUGGGGUUUAUUUUGUAAACAGCGAGCCGGCAGAGAGCAAUGUUUGGAAUGUUUCGGAGGAAACCAAAGGAUGAGAGGGCUAAGAGUAAGUGCGCGGGGUUAAAAAUUGGCCAUGAUGCAUUUAAAUUUGCCAUAUGUCCUAUUUAUCGGUCUGUCGGGAAAAUAAUGAGUGCAGCGUCGCUGCGCCGAUCGGGUUGCUGAAGUGAAAAAAAUUUUGAUUUCACCACGGAAAAAAUUCAUUUUUCUCGACGGCGAUGCGAUUUUUGAUGCGACAGAAUGCUCAUUAUUUCCCAGACAGACUGAUAUGACACUACAAAAAUAUCUUUUAUUCUUGUGGAAUUUGGGGUACAAAACUCUGCAAAGCGGCCCCUUGUUUCCAAAAAUUGAAGCGUUCUCGUUUCUCAAUUCCCUAGGGACCUUAUACAAUAUCAAAAAAGCUCGGUAAAAUAUAUUGAGGUUAUAUCGCUUCAAUAUAGACAACCCUUCUAAUUAUGACUAUAUAAAGCGUACCGUUGCGCAGAAACUUUUACUUACCUCGCUAGCCUAGUUAUUUUAUCUGGCUCGGAAUACCGUUUUUACUGGAUGAUCAGAAAACAGAGUCAGCGGACGUAUGUUGUGAGGAGUCAGCGAUAUGAACGGGGUAAUAGUCAGUUUUAUUUGUGGCGCCGUUGGUUUCAUUAGGGAAAAAAUUGCUUCUAAAGUCAGCAGCAAGACUUGCCAAUGCCAUAUCUUCUUCUUGCUUUCCAUGGGAAUUUUAGAUUACAGAACUCAAAGCUGAUCAUCAAAAAGUUCCCGUUUAGGAAGUGGCUCGCGCUCCCUCAAAAUUGUCACCGAAAUGGGGCAAUCUGGCACUUAUCACAGUGGCGGCGCUUCUCCAUUCGGCCAAAGUGCCGCAACCGCGGUGAGAGACAGCCGGGAACGUGAGAAGAAAGAGAUGAGCGACUUGAACGACAAAUUGGCCAGUUAUAUCGAGAAAGUCCGAUUUCUCGAAGCACAGAACCGCAAAAUCGGAGCCGAUCUUGAUUCGUUGAGGAAUAAGUGGGGAAAAGAUACUCAUAAUAUCAAGCAGAUGUAUGAGAGCGAGCUGAAAGUGAGUUUGGAAAAUUUUAGAGAACUUUAAAAUGACUUAUUUGACGUUUCAGGAAGCCCACAAGCUCAUUGAUGACACAACAAAGCAAAAGGAAGAUUUGUCCAAAGAGCUAAAGGAUUUGCUGGCAGAAGUCAACAAUUAUAAGCUAAAGUAAGACUCUAAAACUUUUAAAAGGGUUUUAAAUCUGUUUUAGGUAUUCCGACGCACAACGCGAAAGAUCGGCGGAGAAAGAGCGACUCAAUGAGAUCUUGACAACUCUCUCCAAUCUCGAAUCGGAGAUUCAUUAUUUCCAAAGAAAAAUCGCUCGAUUAGAAGAUGAGACAAAAAGAAUCAAGGGAGAAAAUCAUCAGCUUGUCAUGGACCUGCAACAAGCCAGGACUGUGAGAUUUUUAUUUGCAUUUUUAUAUUAUUAUAAUAACGGUUUUACUAUAAAAGCCAGGGAAUUUUAAAAAAACAGAGGCCGAAUUUUGCCUAAACUUUUCAAAUAAAACGUUUCAGGAGCUAGAUCAAGAAACUCUGAACCGAAUAGAUCAUCAGAAUCAGGUCCAAACCUUGCUCGAAGAAAUUGAAUUCCUUCGACGGGUUCAUGAGCAAGAAAUCAGGGAGCUACAGCUGGAGGCAGCUCGAGAUACAACUCCAGAAAAUCGCGAAUACUUCAAAAACGAGUUAUCAUCCGCUAUCCGCGAUAUUCGCCAGGAAUAUGAUCAGGUAAGUGAAAAAGUCAUCAUCUUGAUCUCUUCCGAGAUUGAAAAGAAAUUGAAGUUAUAAGAACGGCCAAAAAUAUUGAUCUUUGCAGAUUACAAACCUGAACAAGACCGAUAUGGAGUCGUGGUAUCGUCUGAAAGUGCAGGAGAUUCAAACCCAGUCAGCUCGGCAGAAUAUUGAGCAGGGGUAUGCUAAGGAAGAGGUGAAGAGAUUGAGGGUGCAACUGACCGAUUUGAGAGGAAAAUUGGCCGAUUUGGAGAGCAAGGUGAGUUGCAGAGGGAGAGUUUAUGAAGAUGUAUGUUUUGGAGGGAGAAUUUGAAAAGUCGGAUUAAGGCAACUUGACCGGGCAGAUUUGGUCAACGUACUGUCAGUCUGUCGGGAAGAUAAUGAGCACUCUACCGCAUCGAUAAUCGCAUCGCCGCUGAGAAAAUGAAUUAUGUCGCGGCAAAAUCAGAUUGCUUUACACUUCAGGCGAUGCGAACGGCGAAUUGACAUUGUACUCGUUAUUUUCCCGACAGACUGAUAAAUGACACCUGGCAAGUUUAAAUACAUCGUAGGCAGUUUUUAACCCCGUAGACUUACUCUUGGCCCUCUCAUCCUUUGGUUUCCUCCGAAACAUUCCAAACAUUGCUCUCUGCCGGCUCGCUGUUUACAAAAUAAACCCGAAAAAGUAGGAGACCAAAAAUUAUCCGAAGCCCUUACAACGCGUUUUUUGUAAUUUUCGGAGUUUUAUAUUUUCCCCACAGACUAAUGUACAGGGCAAAAAAUUUUGAAGUUUCGCAUAGUGAGUUUUUGGCAUGAGGUUCGAAGACCUUUUCUGGUGAAAUUCCGAUCUCAGCGGUUUCGUCUAGAGAGGAUUUUCUUGAGUUUCCUUGGCCGUGUCGUCUACCCUCUUUCGGUUUCAAAAGUCAUCCGAUAAUUCACCUUAUUUCAGAACGGAAUGCUCGAAAAGCAGAUCCAGGAGCUCAACUACCAAUUAGAAGAUGAUCAACGAAGCUAUGAGAACGCCUUAACCGAAAAAGACAAUCAAAUUCGCCGUGUUCGCGAUGAGUGUCAAAAUCUCAUGGUGGAACUGCAAAUGCUGCUGGAUACAAAACAAGUAAGUGGAAGGUCAAAAAACGAUAUAAAAUGAAUCUUCAGACCCUGGACAACGAGAUCAAGAUGUAUCGAAAAAUGCUGGAUGGAGAGGACAGUCGGCCUGGGCUGCGACAACUGGUGGAUCAGGCAUUGGUCAAAAAGGAUAACGGUUUCCAUGCCGAGAGCUGUAUGUUUUUAUGGCUUGAUUUUCAAGUAGAUUUUUUAGUAAACGAAGCCCGCGUUGACGCCACUCGCCAUUCCUAUCAACGCUCCGCCAAGGGUAAUGUCUCAAUCCAAGAGGUCUCCCCCGAAGGAAACUAUGUCAUCCUCAACAAUACCCAUCGCUCCAAAGAGGAGAAGCUCGGCGAUUGGAAGCUGAGAAGGUCGAUUGACGGCGGCGGAGAGGUGGUGUUCACAUUCCCCAAGAAAUUCGUGCUACGUCCCGGGAAGUCGGUGAAAAUCUUUGCCAAAGGGAAGGGAAUUAACUCGCCGCCGGAUCAGUUGGAAGCCGAGGAGAUCAAGAGUUUCGGCGCUGGAACUUCGGCGCAGACCAUGCUUUACAACAAGGAUGGAGAGGUGGGUUGGAUCCAUUAUUUGUCGGGAAAAUAAUGAGCGCAAAGAUUUUUUAAUAAUUUUUUUUCAGGAACGUGCAACUUUCAUUCAAAGGGUCUCCAAUUAA